AUGAAGUUAUUGCUAAAAUUACAACUUUGCCUCUUACUCAAAGAGUUCCUGUUGUUACACUAUUAUACAUACUCAAACUAAAAUAAUAAUUUGAUAAUAAUUAUACUCCAUUUUUAAUAUCACACUUUAGAAAAAUAAACUUAAAUCCUUACUAAUUUAUAUGAUCGGCUCACUCUCUACCAUUGUAUGAGAAUGCUAUUGUAAUGAUUUAUUUUUAAGUAAAAUCAAAAUCAUUUUGAGAUAGAGAAUUCCCAAUCAAGAAGAACUUACUCAUUUAUCUAAAUUUGUAAGUGAUGCUGAAAUAUAAGAACUAACUUAAAAUAACUUAGCUAAAACUUUAUAAGAAUAUUGGUUAAAGUUUUUAAAAAAUUCAAACUUUAUAUAUAAUUUAAAUUCACAGAUGACAUUUGUCAUGAUAAUGAUAAGAUUAUGA